CCGGCAGAGGGCGUGGUCUAGCUCGUCCCUGACGUCAGCUGCUGUGAGGCAGCAGAGCGAGCGUCCCCAUCACGAACAGCAGCCGUCGCCGCCCAUCCAACCGAGCAUCUCCCCCAGCGCGAGGACGCCACCGCCGCCAGCCUGUCCCACGGAGCCUGCAGCCCCUCCCGUCCAACAUGUCCAUCAGCAAUGACUUUGGAAACCCUCUGAGAAAGUUCAAACUCGUCUUCCUCGGGGAGCAGAGCGUUGGAAAGACGUCUCUGAUCACGAGGUUCAUGUAUGACAGCUUCGACAACACAUAUCAGGCCACAAUUGGAAUCGACUUUCUGUCAAAAACCAUGUAUCUGGAAGAUCGAACGCUGUCUCUCUCUGAACCCCAGGUGAGGUUACAGCUCUGGGACACAGCCGGACAGGAGCGCUUCAGGAGCCUCAUCCCCAGUUAUAUACGAGACUCCACUGUGGCUGUGGUGGUGUAUGACAUCACAAAUGUCAAUUCAUUCCAGCAGACGGCAAAGUGGAUCGAUGAUGUGAGAACCGAGAGAGGAAGUGAUGUCAUCAUCAUGCUUGUUGGCAAUAAAACAGACCUGGCAGACAAGAGACAAAUCACCAUCGAGGAGGGCGAGCAGAGGGCCAAAGAGCUGAGCGUCAUGUUCAUAGAGACCAGUGCCAAGACGGGGUACAACGUCAAACAGCUGUUCCGGCGUGUAGCGGCUGCUCUUCCAGGGAUGGAGAGUAUUCAAGAACCCAGCAAAGAGGGGAUGAUCGACAUCAAGUUGGACAAACCUCAGGAGCCGCAGACCACUGAAGGCGGCUGCUCCUGCUAAGGCGCCGCUCCUGGAAACCCGUUUACACCGCCUGCUUGUUGUUGCCCCCCAUCGGUUAACCUGUGUUUGACUUUGCACGUUGAGGUUCUGGCCUCGUCACCUGACCGCUGGUCGUUGGCUGGAAAGCAAUGUGUGAAACUUUGUCAAAGAAAUUGUCAAAUCAUAUCAGUUCAGAGAAACCAGAAAAACUUGUUCAAACUCCAGAGAAAAAUCUCUCUAAAUACACACUUCACUUAGAAUUCUCCUGUCCUUCCCAAACGCGUUUCCCCCUCAGAGAAGGCGGAGCAGCUCAGUGGGACGAGCAGGAGGGACGGCGCUGCAGUGGUGCUCAGACGACGCCUCAUCUCCAUCACAGCACCUCCUGCUUGUGGCCCCGCUGUCCUGCAGAUGCUGCAGGCCAGACUGAACCUCUGGAGGUGUGCAUGCACAGCCUGAGUCCACAGUGAUUUGAUGCACUGUUACUUUUCUCUGGAGUCUGUUGUGUUUGUGCGCUAUCAGCUCAGUGGGAGUUUUUGUCAUGUUUUAGAGCCCGAACCUCAGCUUCAUCUUUGACAGGUUUGCACAUGUUGACCUUUCUGGUUCUGGUGAGGUUAGAAGCUCACGAUGGUUAGCGAGCCCGCUGCAUCAUUCCUGUGAAGUUGUCUUUGCUCCUCAUGCUGGCGGUUCCUGCACACGUCUGAGUUUUCAGCGGACUGUCAAACACUAUGCUGGUUUGUCUUUGACGUGAAGUCUGUGCUGCACUUUUCAAGAUCCUGACUGACAAUGUCUGUGGAGAAGGUCAUGUCAGCUCCAGACGUCUGGACUGCUUCAGUCACAUGUAGUGAGGACUGGUGAACCCUCCUAACAACAUAACAAGCCAAACGACAAAAGCUGACGUGAAGCUGAAGCUUUGACUCACGUGACUCCAGGCUCAUGAGGAGACCACGCCCUCAGACGCCAUCUGGUGGUUUCUCCACUCAACCAACCAGAAACAUUUGUAUAUUAACACGCUGAGCUGCGGCAGAGUCCGGCUCUGUGUCCUGACGUUCCAUCUCAACAUUCCCUGGAAGAGGACCAAGUGAUUUCACCAACGUCUGUGCCGGUAGAGUCGGGGUGGAGGUGUUCUGCCACUGCUGUCCGAUCCAGGCCUCCAUUCACAAUGUACAGAGAUCCAGCAUGUCUCCGAGAGGAUUAAUAAAGAUGUCUUAUUACCAAA